AUGCCGAGGAUCGUCGCGUCGCAGACGCUGGCCACGGGGCGCGCGUGUGCGCCGAGUGCGUGCGUGCAAUGGUCGGACGAUGGCCAGGUGGUCGUGGCGACGAAGGAGGCCCUGCACAUCCUGACGCCGCGCGUCGGCGCCGCCCUCGAGCACGAGGUCCUAGAUGCGCCCCGAGAAAGAGAGUGCGCCGGAGCGUGUGCGCCCGAGCCCGUCCACGAGGACCCGACGGCCUCCGUCGUGCCGAGCAUGGUGCUGGGCGGGCCUGCGUGGUACGCAGCAGCAUGGUCGCCGUCGAGCGCGGCGCGGAGCUGCCUGUUAGCGACGAUCGAUACACGACGCAGCGUGCGUUUGUAUGCGGGCCCGACGUGUCUGGGCGACGUCGACAUGCCCCGCCUGCGUGACGACGACGACAUGGCGCGGCACUGCACGUGUCUCGCAUGGCAGCCACACGCGGCUGCGCCGGCCUGGCUCCUGGUCGGCACACGCAGCGGCCAUGUGGUGCUGUUCCGCGUACAGGACACGUGGGAGUAUGUCGCCCACAGCGUCGUGCCUGGGUGUGUGCGGGCUAUAUCGUGGGGCACGCACGUCAUGGUGCAUGCGGGCGAGCACCUCGUACAGCUGCACAUGCCCCGCAUGAGCGUCGUGGCGACGCGCCGCGUGGGCGCAGCUCACAUCUCGGGGCUGGUGCAGCUGCGUGGCCGGUGGCUGUGGGCGACGCCACACGCAUGCUGGGCGUGGGACGCAGACGGCCAGGUGCGCAGCGCGGAUACGCGCGCAUCGCAUGCGGCCGGACACGACGCCACGCGCCUCAUCCUGUCGGACGGCACCGCUUGGGACGGCGACUCGCUCGAGGCGUGCGCGCCGCCUCGUCUUUGGGGCUACGCCACCGAUGCAUCCGGAUGGUGUGCCAUGCUGCAAGAGGCAGACGAGGAUGCGCCCUGGCGGUACGUCAUCACCCACAAGCUCGCAUUCACGCUGCACAUGCCACCGACGCCGCCGCCCGUGCCGACGGACGGCGCGCCUGCCUCGGCCUGGCGGGCAUGGGCGCUGUGGCGUCAGGAGCGGGGCCAGGAGGCGUGCGAGGCGCUGUGGACCGAGCUGCGCACCCGCGUCACGGAGCUGGACGCCCGCGUCGAUGCACUGCUCACAACGCGGCCUGCCGCCGCGGCGUGGCUCGAGGAGCUGCGCCACGCCCACAGGUGGGCAUGGUGGAUUCACCUCACCUCCGCCGACGAAGCAGCGGCGCAUGGCCUGCAGGGCCUGCCGUGGACCGUGACGUGGCUCGGUGGCGUGUGCCGCGCGGCGGCUCUGCUGGAGAGCGACGCGAAGGACGAGGCGUACGCGCGACGCGUGGCAGCGGCGCUCUUUUGCAUGGCACAACAGGCGGGCGUCCGCGAAAGAACCUGCUUGGAGCAUUACAGUCAUCGUCUAUUACCUCCUGAUACCUAUGCAGACUGGGUCCGUGCAGGUGCGCCGCAGCUGGACGAGGCAUGCCCAGCAUGCGGCGCGUCGAUGGCGUUUGAGCUCGCGCCGUACGCGCGGUGCACGGCGCAGCACGUCUUGGAUCGAUGCGUCGCGACGUGGGCGCUGCUGGAUGGCACCGAUACCCUCACAUGCACGGGGUGCGAGCGGCAGGCCUCGGCCCACACAUCAUGGAGCUCCUGCCCCGCGUGUGGCAAUCGAUGGCGCAGCUAG